GUCUCGCCCAUUCUAAGCGCUGGGCAGUUCUUUUCACAUGUUUGAGUACAUGCGCUGUCCAUAUUGAGGUGAUUGAAUCCAUGGAUACAUCUUCGUUCAUCAACUCACUGAGAAGAUUCUUUGCCAUCCGGGGACCUUCCAAACAGCUGCAUUCAGACUGCGGGACAAAUUUCAUUGGUGCCUGCAAGGAGUUGGAAUUCCACAAGGUGCAGAAGGAGUCAAAGGUGCAGAUGUAUACCAACAGUCGAGGUUACACAUGGCACUUUAAUCCGCCUCAUUCUUCCCACAUGGGUGGUGCAUGGGAACGGAUGAUUGGUGUGGCAAGAAGAAUAUUAGAUGCAAUGCGGACAUACAUCCACUCCAGCUUGACUCAUGAAGUUUUGUGCACUCUGAUGGCCGAAGUGACAGCCAUUAUCAACUCUCGUCCACUUGUUCCAGUUUCUUCAGAUCCGGAGGCUCCUGAGUUGCUUACACCUGCAAUGCUUCUCACUCAGAAGCAAAGUGCACCACCCCCUCCAGGAAAUUUCACAGAGAAGGACUUGUACAAACGACAGUGGCGUCAAGUGCAAUGUCUGGCGGAUCAGUUUUGGAGCCGAUGGAAGCGAGAAUACCUGCAGACACUGCAAGUGCGGCGCAAAUGGCAGAACUCAACUCCAAAUGUUGAAGGAGACAUCAUUCUGCUAAAGGAUGCAGGAACGUGCCGUAACGACUGGGGUAUGGCUCUUGUGACUAAGACCUUCCCAGGACAAGAUGGACGUGUCCGCAAGAUCGAACUUAAAGCAAUGAAAGAUGGAACUGCUAAAAUGUUUCUCAGACCUGUAACAGAGAUUGUUUUACUUCUGAAGAAGUGACUGUUGAAUGGACUGUGUUGAUGCAAUGGUUCGUACAUGACAUCUUUACAGAUGCCAGGCGGGGAGUGUCCUGCCCCCAGUUCAUUUGCCUGUGUUCAGUCAGUUUGUCUUCCUUUAAUUUGAAGCUACAUUUAGUUUGUGCCUUUAUUUUGAAGGCUGGAUUUGGGUUUUUUCAGGAAGUCUAUGUCAGCCACCUUAAUUCAGUCUUUGCCAUGCUGUCUUUUCAUCUGCUGCCAUCCUGCUUCUGUUUGAGCCAGAGACCUCAUCGUCUGUAAGUUUUGGUUUAAGUUCAUCAAUAUUAUUCGUAUUAUUGUAUCA